UUUUCAUACCCCCCCCAAAAAAAAAAAAAAAAAAAGGUUUUAUUUUUCUCAGUCACUCACUUUUUUCCCCAAAUUUUUUUGUUAAAUUAGGGUUUUGAAAUGUGGAGGUAUGAUGGGAUCUUCUGAAUCAAUCUCAGUACCCAGUUCCAAUACCAAUACCAAAGGUCUGGAAUUAGGGUUAGAUUCUUCACAAUCGCCAAACCCUAGUCCCGAUCUGGACAACCAAACACUGCCGGAUCCAAAAGUGGAGGAGCUGAAUGAGAAGCUUGAGAGGUUGGAUUUGAAGGAGGAACCGGAGUCGAAGAAGAAGAGCGAGGAUGAGGAGGAGGAGGAGAAGGAGGAGGAGAAAGAUGGGAGCUUUGGGUUGAAAGAGGUGGAGAGAGAGAAGAGUGAUUUGAAUGAAGAAGAGGAAGAGGAAGAAGAGAAGAGGGGUGGUGGGAGUGAAUGGAGCUAUGGAAAUGAGAAUGAGAAUGAGAAUGAGAUUGAGGUUGUGAUUGGGAUUGAUAAGGUGUUACUGGAAAGUGGUGGUGGUGGUGGUGGGAGUGGUGGUAGUGGUAGUGGUGAUGAGGCGGAGAAGAAGGGUGAGAGAAAUGGUGGGGGAAAGAAGUUUCCGUAUCAGUUUCCGGUGAGACCCGAGGCCGAAGAUUGCUCGUUUUAUUUGAAGACUGGGACUUGUAAGUUUGGAUCCAAUUGCAGGUUCAAUCAUCCUGUCAAAAGGAAAAACCAGGCUAUUAAGGACAAGGUGAAGGAAAAAGAAGAACUCGCAGAGAGGCCAGGCCAGUUGGAAUGCAAGUAUUACUUGAGGUCAGGGGGAUGUAAGUUUGGAAAGGCUUGUAGAUACAAUCACACAAGAGGCAAAACAUCGGGAAGCACAUUUCUAGAGCUUAACUUUUUGGGCUUGCCAAUCCGACCGGGAGAGAAAGAGUGCCCCUACUACAUGCGUACUGGCUCCUGCAAGUAUGGAGCAAACUGCAAGUUUAAUCAUCCCGACCCUACAGCUGUGGCAGGAGGCGACCCCUCUUCAGGAUUUGGUAAUGGCGGAUCUGUUUCAUUAGGUGCUUCCCAAUCAUCUGCGACAACCUGGUCUCCGCCAAGAGCAAUGAAUGAAAACUCUCCCUUUGUGCCAGUGGUGCUUUCACCUACGCCAGGAGUUCCACCCCAAAACUCUGAUUGGAAUGGGUAUCAGGCUCCUGUAUAUACACCAGAAAGGACUAUCAAUCUGCCUCCCCCAUAUUUAAUGAACCCACCAACAACUCAAACAACCAAUCUCUUUUCACAUCAGCAGCAGCAGAUUCAAUUCGAAGACUAUCCAGAACGACCUGGCCAACCUGAGUGCAGUUAUUACUUAAAAACUGGGGAUUGUAAGUUUAAAUCUAAUUGCAAAUAUCACCACCCUAAGAAUCGGAAUGUGAAGUCACCACCCCCAUAUGCUCUCAGCGACAAGGGCCUUCCUCUGAGACCUGAGCGGGAUAUAUGUUCACAUUAUAGUCUAUAUGGCAUUUGCAAGUUCGGGCCGUCUUGUAAAUAUGACCAUCCGAUAGAUCCACCUUCUUCACCUAUGACUGGAGUUGAUCAGCAUUCUUCCUAUGCUAUCUCUGUAACUACAGAAAAUGCUGGAGUGGCCGGGAGUGGAAGUGAUUCCACCCUGCAGCAGCCUGUGUAAAAUUUUUUUUAUUAAAGGCCCUAGCUUUUAGGAAUCACAGAACCAAGGAUUUGUAAUUUUAUAUUUAUUAAUAUAACAGACACGAGUGUGGGGGUUGUUUUGCAAGGGGCUGAACAGGUUUGAUGCCUGAUGCCAGAAAUGCCCUCUCAGCUCUUUUGAUCUAUCAAAAUGCCAUUUUCUAUUUAUUUUUGUUAAUGAU